CACACUGCUGGGACGCGUUGCGAGGCACCGACCCAUAGGUAUACUGAUCUUGAGUGACAGGGAUUAGUCCCGCCUCCACUGUGCCUCUCUCGUGCGCUCCCGAGAAGUGUAGCGUGUGCGGAACGCGACAGCCGAGCAGCAGAUAUCGGCCACUGAGCUUUGAUGAGCGGUGUUUAGGAAACUUGAUGAGCGCUUUUGGAGCUCCUUUCAGCGGCUGGUGAAGACGAGGGAGAGCUGCAGCGGUUCUCUUCCCCCACGGGUCGAAUCAAAAAAUGAAAUUCUGGAUUUGCGUGCUAGCGGUGGCCGUGGCAGUGCAGUCGACGCACGGAGGGGCUAACCCAGACGAGCCAUGUGCGGGUCAGGACUGCAGCGGAGGAUGCAGGUGUAACCCAGAGAAAGGAGGCAGGGGGCGUCCUGGCCCUCUGGGGCCAUCGGGGCCGUCCGGGCCGGAGGGGUACUCCGGCGGCCAGGGUCCUGCGGGGCCCAAGGGAGAGAAGGGCCACCUGGGGGUGAAUGGGCCCUCGGGACCCAAGGGAGACAAGGGUCCUAUGGGCGUGCCAGGGUUUCCCGGUAACGAUGGAGUUCCUGGUCAUCCUGGUUUAGAUGGUGGGCGGGGCAUAUCAGGUCCAGAUGGAUGCAACGGGAGCCGAGGAGAACCCGGUCUCCCUGGUUACGGUACCGGACAACCAGGAACACCAGGAGGACCUGGACGGGAGGGUGAAUGGUCGGAAGGGUCAGAAAGGAGAGCCCGUCUAUAUUUCCGAGGAUGGAGUGAAUCUUCCCGGUUUGCCUGGACUGGACGGUCGACCCGGUCCGAGCGGUCCCGACGGUCCGGUGGGCUUCGUCGGCCCCAGGGUCCCGAUGGAUACCCAGGCCCCCCAGGUCUGACCGGACCCCCCGGUCCCAUGGGAAGUCACAGUGUUGGUUUACAAGGAGAGAGAGGAGACAAGGGAGACUUGGGUCUGCCCGGGCCCAGCGGUACCCACGGCGACGGCUCUCAGAUGGGAGGAGGGAUUCUAACCAUCUACAAAGGAGCUCAGGGCGAUCCAGGUUAUCAAGGUCGCCGUGGGUAUCCAGGGAGACCAGGUGCCCCUGUACGUCCGUUUGCCUUUCCGGGUGAGGUCGGGGAGAAGGGAAUUCCUGGGUACCCCGGCGGACGGGGACCUUCCGGUUUUAACGGCCCUCCCGGUGGACUAGGACAGCAGGGAUACAGAGGAAACAACGGUCAACCAGGGCAACCCGGAUACAUAGGACCCAAGGUGAUCAUAUAUUUGCGGCAUGCCUGCAGUACCUCACUUUUACCAACAGAUGACAGUAAUGUCGUUUACGCAUUGAUUUCCAGUUUCCCCGGGAUACGGGGGGACCCCGGCUCCCCCGGCCUCCCCGGCCAGGGCUACGACGGCGCCAGAGGGAAGGACGGCCUCCCCGGCAUCCCCGGCGGCAAGGGCCAGCCCGGAGUGGUGCUGGGGGCCACGCCCGGCUCCCCCGGACUCAACGGCCUCCCCGGGGCCCCCGGAGACAAGGGCCAGCCGGGGAGCCCCGGUGGACCGGGCUCCCCUGGUUUCGACGGUCGCUCCGGCGGUCCCGGGCCAAAGGGUGGGCGCGGAGACAGCGGUUAUAACGGUAUUGCCGGUCCCCCCGGCCCGCCCAGCGACAUCACGCGGAGCCUUCCCGGGCCCCGCGGGUCCCCGGGUCUCCCGGGCCCCAGCGGAUCUCCAGGCUUCCCUGGUAGGAAGGGCUUCAGAGGAGACCCCGGUCCCAGAGGGCCCGCUGGCAUGAAGGGAACCCCAGGCGAGCCCGGUUACUCUGGGUCCCCCGGGAACCGAGGCGCCCCUGGUCCCCCAGGGCCCGGGACUAGAGACGGAAACCCUGGGAUACCCGGCAGGAAGGGCGACAGAGGCUUCCUAGGUCUGGUUGGUUUCCCGGGUCGCCCCGGGCGCCCCGGCACCCCGGGUCAGCCUGGAGGAAAGGGUUUACCGGGAUCGUCUGGACGGGACGGGGGACCGGGGGGUCUGGGAUAUCAUGGAGCUAAAGGUGAGCGUGGGUACCCGGGUGGCCCGGGCUUGCCCUCCGCCCCUCUCCCGGCCAACUUCUUAGAGAAAGGAGAACCAGGGGACUAUGGAGGUCAAGGUCUCCCCGGCUUCCCCGGACCCAGAGGUGACAAGGGUUUCCCCGGACUGCCCGGUCGCCAGGGUCUUCCCGGAAUUCCCGGUUACGCGGAUCAGAGCAAGGGUCUGCCGGGGUCUCCCGGUUACCCCGGACAACCUGGGACCCCCGGAUACCCGGGUCAGGGGGAACCCGGCAUCCCAGGCUUCCCCGGGACCUUCGGACCGAGUGGGGAUGACGGCGGAUUUGGUUUCCCUGGCAACCCUGGAGAACCCGGUCGCCCCGGGUCUAAAGGUGCGAGAGGAGAAACGUUCAGCUACCCUGGAAGUCCCGGUGCCAAGGGCCAGCCUGGUGAACCAGGCUACCCAGGUGGGCGGGCUAAUGACGGCCUCCCCGGGGACAACGGAUACCCCGGAGGUUCAGGCUACCCCGGAACCAAGGGAGGGCCCGGAGAGCCCGGCAGACCGGGGCUUAUGGGCUCCCCUGGCUUCCCAGGGGCUAAAGGUCUCCCAGGCUACCCAGGGGGCAGAGGCCGUGACGGGACACCCGGGCAGCCCGGCGGCCCCGGAGGGCCGGGGGCUAAAGGUUUACCUGGCUCUAUGGGUCUCCAUGGACUCAACGGACUGGCCGGACCGAGAGGUGCUCCAGGAACUCCAGGCCCCAGUAUCGGCGGUCGUCCGGGGACACCGGGAGCGAAUGGGCUGAAGGGAGAGCGAGGAGACUCGUACCCUGGAGGACCAGGCCGCAACGGGGAGAAGGGAGAGAGAGGAGACUCCGGUGGUCCCGGUCUCACUGGAUUCCCAGGUCUCCCUGGGCGUCCAGGAGAGACAGUGGGCUCAGAUAUCCCAGGACCAUUAGGAGACCCUGGCCUGCCCGGUCUGGAUGGAGAGUACGGUCUCCGUGGGCCUACAGGACCGCCCGGGCCCCCCGGCCCCGGUACGGCCCAGGGAGACAGAGGUGAUCCCGGUCUGCCGGGCUUCCCUGGCGCCCCUGCUAGGAAGGGAGAAGCAGGACAUCCAGGGGGCCCCGGUUACAACGGCGGCCCCGGGUUCAAAGGAGAGAGAGGCGACACGGGCUACAGCGGGGGUCCUGGGCUGAAGGGUUACCGUGGCGAGAACGGUUACUAUGGCGCCCACGGCCUCAAGGGAUCCAGAGGCGGGGCUGGGCGUAAGGGACGUCCAGGCCCUACCUCCACCCCGGCGGCGAUCAGUGUACCGUCUGGGGACCCGGGUGGUCCCGGAGCCCUCGGGGGGCCCGGGACCGGUGGCGAGCCUGGUCAGCCUGGGAUGCCAGGGCGAUCUGGUCCUAAGGGGCGCCCGGGGCCGGUUGGUAAGCUGGGUCGUAUGGGUUCUGGUGGUCUGCUCGGACCGCUCGGAGAUCCGGGUCCCCCUGGCUUCCCUGGACCCGCUGGAGAGCAAGGCUUCCCCGGUCAGCCGGGGAUCCCCGGGGUCGCCGGCGGCGUGGGGCGUAGCCACAGCAUCGGCUACACGCUGGUGAAGCACAGCCAGAACGAGCAGGUGCCCAUGUGUCCGCAGGGCAUGGCCAAGCUGUGGGACGGGUACAGCCUGCUGUACGUGGAGGGGCAGGAGAAGGCCCACAACCAGGACCUCGGUCUGGCUGGAUCCUGUCUCCCUAGGUUCAGCACCAUCCCCUUCCUCUACUGCUCCCCUAACGAGGUCUGCUACUACGCCAGCCGCAACGACAAAUCCUAUUGGCUGUCCACCACCGCGCCAAUUCCCAUGAUGCCCGUCGCCGAGGAGCAGAUCCGCUCCUACAUCAGCAGGUGUUCUGUGUGUGAGGCGCCCUCCCAGGCCGUGGCGGUCCACAGCCAGGACAUGACCAUCCCAACCUGCCCCCGUGGGUGGAGGAGCCUCUGGAUAGGAUAUUCCUUCCUCAUGCACACGGCGGCGGGCGCGGAGGGCGGCGGCCAGUCGCUGGUCUCCCCGGGCUCGUGCCUGGAGGACUUCCGGGCCACGCCCUUCAUCGAGUGCAACGGCGCCAAGGGCACCUGCCACUACUUCGCCAACAAGUACAGCUUCUGGCUCACCACGGUGGACCAGCGCCGCGAGUUCGUGGACGCCCCGCCUCAGGAGACCCUGAAGGGCGGCACGCAGCUGUCCCGCGUCAGCCGCUGCCAGGUCUGCAGCAAGCUCUUGUAGUCGCCCCGACCCCCCCCUUCGCUCCCCUUCGUCCUCUCCUGGUGGGGAGGGAUGGAGAGACCGACAGGAGGAGGAGGAGGAGGAGGAGGAGGAGGAGGAGAAGGAGGGAGAAAGACUGAUAGAAGCGGUGGUGACGAUGUUGAGGAUGAUGAUGCUUGUGUGAGAACGCCUCUAGUCAUGAUAAGCGUACAGACGAGGAGAGAGAAUGAGGGUGAGCAUGGUAGAGGUCAAGGUGCUAUAAUAAAUACAAGGAGUAACUAUUAGAAAUGAAUGACUGAAAGGAAACGAGGCCCCUCCCCUCGGGGGUUGUGUUGUGGUGAUGGUUUGGGUGUCGAGGAGGAAGAAGAUAAAUGAGGAGGAGGAGGAAGAAAGAGGGGAUUCUCCGUUGUUCUUCACUAGAUUAUUAUUUACAGUGGUGCUAUUGUGUGUCUUCCGUGUUUUUUGAUCUCACAUUAUGUUUUUUAUUUCUCUCUCCUUGUAAUCCUGUGUUUUCACUGGGUUAUCUCGCAUCGAGUGACCCCCCCCCCCCCCCCCCCCCCCCCUCCCCCCCCACCGUUCGAUAGAGAGGAAUAAUAGGCCUUGCAGCGCUUCGACUCAUCCACAAAUCAUAACAUAGGACUAACCAUGCAGCACUCCCAAUAAAUAUCCAAGCGUCUCCUGUUGGAUAUUGUUGUUCUAUGAAUGACCUCAUUCUUUGUUUGUACUCCCCAUGAAAAUGUUGGUUCCGACUGAAUUGGUUGAGUUUAAGUGUUUUUCUCUCCCAGAGUCUGGUACUGUCAUCCAUACUAUGAUUCCUUUAUCUACUCCUUGUUGAUUUCACGAUAUCCGCACUUUCUUUACAAACCCAAAAAUUAUGCUAAAGGCAGACUGUGAUCGGCAGUCAUCUGGCCAACCCGUGCUAUUUUUACAGUUGUUAAUAUAUUGCACUGAUCUGAUUGGCUUCCUUUGUAUUUUUUUUUACGACCAAUAGGUAUGCUUAAUCAUCUUCUCUAGUUGGAUUUACAGGCUACGCUUUCCCAUAAUUCAACUUUUCACUCUUUGCUAUUAUUGGCAAAACAUUCAUAUAUUUGCUGCUUAUGACCGAAUAUCCCCGCAUUCCCACCACCCUGAACAAAAAACUCUUCUAUGCAGAUGACACAUGCAUAAGACACAGACAGUUUGUCGUUGUCGUUGUUGUACAUAGUGCUUAUUGCCUGGCUCCAGUUUGUUGGUAUUAUGAUGUUGAAGCCGAGUCACAUGGUGUAUUUUGUUAAUUGUGGUGCUCUCUUCUUCUUCUCUAUUGUCUUUCCCUGUGGAGUUUCCUGGUCUCUUAGCUAGGGAGAUGCAGCGGGUACGUAAAGCAAGUGUCAUCCCAUCAGCUUUAGCCUCACUAAGGUUAACAUUGCACGUCUCCAGUCAUAGAAGCACAUCCAUGAGCGAUCUGUUUCGGCUGCAAUUGUUGUUUACAAUGCCUUGAGACAAACCAGGACCUGGAUCCUCCAUGGCGGCUGUAGCUUGUACCCCCUUUUCGCUAGGCCAGGAUGAUGAGAACCCGGGGGAACCUGUAACCACUAUGGCCCCUGUUUCUGACACGUAGCUUUAUCUCUAUGCUGGUCUCGGCUCUGAGUUAGUGACCUUUUAUGCAUUUUACAUGUUUCAUUAUUUUCACACCCCACCCCCCCCCCCCCCCUCCCCCCAUUUGUCUCUUGUCUAUUGUCUGUAAUGUAGAUUGUAAUUAUUUAGUUAAAUCUUAAAGUCACGUUAUUCUCCCAGAUUUUUUUAAUGGUUGUUAUAUACUGAGUUGGGCCGGGGAGAAACUGAGCUGUACAUUCAAUAAAAAUAAAAAUCCAAUAAAAAAUGUUUGUAUAUGCCCAAAAAUGUAUUCACCAGAGAUCUUUAGAUGUAACGCAGAAUAACAAGAGAUCCAUGGAUGAACCCUGAACAGACGGAUGAACCGUCUGUUCUUGCUCGGUUCAACAUUUAGAUUUCACACACUGACCUAACAAAGAAAUUGAGAGCUAUGAUACGAUCCAUGUUUCUACACGACUGCAGAGAAAGGAAAGAAUACUUUCCUCCAAGAGGGACGUGGGAGACAUGCGCCCUGACAUGUCCAAUACCGUAACGUGUAUGUCUGUGCUCACUAUGAAAUAAAGUACAAUACAACUGAA